AAUUUCGCGCCAAACCGCAUCAACAAGCGCGUGUACUUUUAUAUACUAAUAUCAAAAAAGAAAAAUAAAAUAAUCAAACAAAUGCCUAGAACCCAUUCAAGGCUUAGAAAUCUACUCCAAAGGGCGCGCACUUUUAUCGGACUCGCCACCACAACCGCCGCAGCCGCGUCUUUAUCAACCAUUUCCGCUCCCUCCUUCUCCACCACCACUCCCAAACUAAUGGAAGAGCUCAAGACACGUGUCUGCAUCAUUGGCAGUGGCCCCGCCGCUCACACCGCCGCUAUCUACGCGGCUCGUGCCCAGCUCAACCCCGUCCUUUUCGAAGGCUGGAUGGCCAACGACAUCGCUCCCGGAGGCCAGCUCACUACUACCACCGACGUCGAAAACUUCCCCGGCUUCCCCGACGGGAUCCUCGGCGGCGAGCUUAUGGACCGAUGCAGAGCUCAAUCUGCCCGUUUCGGUACUCAGAUCCACACCGAAACGGUCAACAAAGUUGACUUCUCUUCCACUCCCUUCAAAAUCUUCACCGAUUCCAAAACUGUCUCCGCCGAUUCUGUCAUCGUCUCCACCGGCGCCGUCGCUAAGAGACUCAUCUUCUCAGGGUCCGAAACUUUCUGGAACCGCGGGAUAUCCGCAUGCGCGGUUUGCGACGGUGCUGCUCCGAUAUUCAGAGAGAAACCGCUGGCGGUUAUCGGAGGAGGUGACUCGGCUAUGGAGGAGGCAACAUUUUUGACAAAAUACGGGUCAAAAGUGUAUAUACUACACAGAAGGGAUACGUUUAGGGCAUCUAAAAUUAUGCAAAAUAGAGCGAUGAGUAACCCUAAGAUUGAGAUACUGUGGAAUUCAGUGGUGGUGGAGGCUAAAGGAGAGCGUACCUUGAAUGAGUUAAAAGUGAAGAAUACAGUUACUGGUGAAGUUUCUGAUUUGAAGGUGAAUGGAUUGUUUUUCGCUAUUGGACAUGAGCCUGCUACUAAGUUCUUGGAUGGCCAGCUUCAGCUUGAUUCUGAUGGCUAUGUUGUCACUAAACCAGGGACUACUCUGACCAGUGUGCGUGGAGUUUUCGCUGCUGGUGAUGUUCAGGAUAAGAAGUAUAGACAGGCUAUUACUGCUGCCGGCACUGGUUGCAUGGCAGCCUUGGAAGCGGAACAUUACUUGCAAGAGAUUGGCUCACAGGAGGGUAAGAGCGACUGACUAUCUAGAAUAUAGCUGCUAUUUAGGAGGUUCUCAAUCAAAAAACAUUAUUUGAUCUAUAAGAAACUGUCUGGAUAUGGUUCAGUCUCUUAGUUGAAUUUUAUUUGGUAUUCAAGGUUUGGUUGCAAAAGAAAUUCGACUGACAAUAUAUGAUUUAUCUCAAUUUAUACCAAAAUGGAAUUUGCUUGAUGAAA